AAGUGUGAGAGUUGCGAUGUGCGGAUAAAAUGAGGAUAAGGAGAGGCAGAUCCGAUGAGAUGAGGCAUGUGCCAUUCCUGAGAACAGUUCAUUAUGAUAUUACCUACCGCUUACAAACCACAGCACAGUCUGUCUGUAAUGUUUACCUCGGUUUACAUGCAUGUUGAAGUAGCAUUGUCUUUGUAUAAUAACACUGCACAGUUACUAUUCAACAUAGAUUCUUACUACUCUACUGAAUAGUAUAGUAUUUAUUAUUUUUGACAUAACAUGCGCUCUUGAAGGCAGCCUAAAUGUCUUGUAAUCCCUGCAGACCUCCUGCCAGUAAACCCUGUGAUUCGAGAUAUUAUUUGGAUCUUGAGUAGGUUUAACAUCUCUUGUUAAUAGGUGUGUACAGUAGCUAUGCAUUGACUCUAUUAAAGGCAUGCAAUUUAAAAGCACACAUUGGAAUGAUCAUUACCUUUAAUUAGAAGUAAUUACCAUUUUCAAAAUAUUCACAGCUUCUGCCAUGCACGCCAAGCAGGUACAUAGGUAAACCUUUGCUUCCUGCUUUUCAAUAGACUUCUAGAAUCCUGUGUGAUUAGGCGUGCUGAUGGCACACUGUCAUGUCCUCUCACGUGCAAAAAUGUAGUCAGUCCCGUUAGAGCACUUUCUGUCUCACUGUGUUAUGACAACCAUGUCAUACAGAGUCAUUGUUAACUUUACAUCUAUUAUUUGAACUGUUUUUAAUACUGAGAGCUCUGUGAUUAAUGGGUGAGCUCAUAUGUAAAUGUACACCCAUUAAGACCAUUGCCUUUGAGCCUAUGUGCCAUGAUACGAGGUUGAAAGGUUAAGAGUGGACCAUUAGAGGUCAGAUUGUUAUAAUACAGUAUUUUGUGUAUUGCGCUUGCAGAGAACGAAACGUGUAGUGGAAGUGUCAUUUAUUAUUCGCUCAUCAUUCAUCUUCAUUCUGGUCAUGGUUGCAGUGGGUCCUGAGUCUAUCCCGGGAACACUGGGUGCGAGGGGGGAAUACACCCUGGAUGGGAUGCCAGUCUAUCACACGUUCACACACUUAUUCACUAGAGUCAAUUUAGCGUAGUGAAUCCACCUACACGCAUGUUUUUGGGAGAUGGAAGGAAGCAAGAGAACCCUGAGGAAACUCAUAUGGAUACAGGAAGAGCAUGUGAAACUCCACACAGAAAUUAACCCAAGCACAAAAAAAAAGUCAUUUAUUAUUUACGUUUUAAUUCUUGUUUUGUUUCUACUGCUUGGCAUGCUAAAUAGCAGUAAUAGGAUGUAUGCUGGUCCCAAAUCAGUUUAAUAAGCAGGGGCUUCAUGGUUGUUUAUUAGGCUCUAGAGUCAGGUUUUGUUAAUAUUUGAUGCUUCUAUGAGGAGGUAAAUUCCUAUGAUUCCUAUGAUAACCCAUAUAGUGUUUUACAUAAACACACCCAUGAACACACCCUGUGUGUUGGACAUUUCAUGGGUCUUGUAUGGAUUGUGUUCUGAUAAGAUAUUAUCCAUAUAACCAUAGAAAAGAUAUAGACAUAGAGUCAGACUGAUUCGAGUGUGAUCAUUUCAUUUAUUUAUGAAUAAGAUGGUUGCUGCAACACAAACAUGCCAUUUAAUAAAAAAAAAUUUGGCUAACAUUUUUUUAAUUUUCCAGCUUUGCCAUUCAUUGAGCAUGUGUGGGAUUCUGGAUGUGUGGCAUGGAGAGACAGAUGUAUUUACACCCGUAUAACGUGGAUAAAAAGCAUCUCAGACUUCCGGAACCCAGCAGGAUGGAUGUUGAGACUCUGAGUAAAGCAGAGCUGCUAAUGCUGCUGAGCAUACUGGAGGGAGAGCUGGAGGCUCAGGACCUUGUCAUACACACUCUCAAGGCACAGCAACGAGACGUGUUUGUGCAGGAGCGAUACGGACGCUAUGACCUCAGCGAUCCCUUCAUGGCUCUUCAGAGAGACAGCGAGGCAAUGCAGGAUCACGGGCAGGGUCAAACUCAGGCUCGGGGUCAUGGUGGGAGAGGCCAGGUCAACCCAAGCCCACUGGCUGUCCUUAAACUGGUGAUGAGCCACUGCAAGCACAUGCAGGAGAAGAUGAUGGCACAGCUAGCGGCGGCCGAGAGCAGACACAGACGGGUUAUUGCCGACCUGGAGGAAGAGAAACGGCGCCAUGCCCAAGACACCGCUGAGGGCGAUGAUGUCACAUACAUGCUGGAAAAGGAAAGAGAGCGACUACUGCAGCAGUUGGAGAUGGAGAGGGCACGGGCCGAGCGUCUGGAGCGUGAAUGUCACUCGCUUUCAGCCCAGGUGGAGGAGAACCAGGCACAGCAGCAGCAGCUCUCUUCUAACCUGGCUAAGGAGUGCCAACGUGCCAGUGCGCAAGCCCAGGAAGAGAGCGAACGUGUUGCCCAGCUGUGCAGGCAGCUGGAGCAGGAACGGAGUGCCACGCAGAGUCUGCAAGGAGAUCUGGAGCAGGAGAAGACACGUGCCCUGCAAACAGAGGCCAGAGUCGAGCGCCAGCUGGCCGAGUUCGACACAGAGCGUGAGCAGAUGAGAGCAAAGCUGCGCAAGGAGGAAAGCCACAGCAGACAGCUGCAGGAGCUGAUCGAGCACCUCAAGAAAGAGCUGGAGGAUGUAAAGGAGAAGGAGAAAGGAUGGAGGGAAAAAGUGGAGGAGGAAAAGAAAGCAGCAGAGAAGCUGCCUAAAGCGGUGUCAGCUUCUGCAGCAUGCCAGACUGAGCCAGAUGGGAAAGCGGUCAGCACUGAAAAAUCUCAACGGCUGAGACUUAACGGGCAUCAGCUGCGUAAAGAGAGCGAGUCUUCAGAAGAGAAGAGCACUGAAAAUGGAGGAGUAGACAAUGGAGGACCUUUGAGCUCACCUGUACAUGCACUCCAGUCUCUCUCUCCCAGCAGCACAGCCUGCUCAUCCCUCUCCUCCUCGCCAUGCUCCUCGCCUGUACUGGCCAAGCGAUUGGCAUCAUUGGGCACCUGCAGCCCCACAUACCCAUCAUCCUAUCAGUCGAGUGUGAACCAACGCUUCCACGCCGCCAGACACAAGUUCCAGCAGCAGGCUGAGCAAGGUGGAGCGAUGCCCCUGUCGCCUCGUGAGCUUUCACCCACUUCUACACCAGUACCCCCUCUGUCCGAGAACUCCACAGCCAAGCAGAUGGCUCGCAACACUGUUACACAGGUGCUGUCUCGCUUCACAAGCCAACAAGCAGCAAGCAAAGCACCCACUCCCAACAGCUCACCAUUUGGCACUGAUUACCGCACACUUGCAACAGCCUCCUCACCCACCAGCAAAGGGUCGUGCCCUCUGUCGCCUGGCAUCCGCUCGCCCACAAUCCCUCGGGGGGAGAGAAGCUUUGCAUCCCCUGUAGCCCAGAAGAAGCCUGGCACAAAUCCAGGCUCACCCGUAUCUGCAUCCUCGCCUCGCUCUUCUCACUUCCCCGAGCUCUCAAAUAGCUGCGGCAUCAGCAGUACUCAGGAGGGCGCUAAAGAGCUUGACCUGCUCAUGUCCAAAUCUAGCUAACCACUAACUGCAGACAAGGCUUCACUACUCAAUGUCCUUUUAAAUUUAGCACUAGGCUUAAUAACAAAAAAACUGGUGUUCUGGAAACUGUGUGCUUCAGUGAAGUCUGAAAUGGCUUCAACAAAAAGGACAUAACAGUAAAAAUGACUCGCACAUACUAAACCUGCAGAUUAACUAAUGAGUCAAAUCUAACACUGAUUUUUUUUUUUCAAUUUUAUAACAGUGGAGCUCGCCAAACUAUCCAAAUCUAGCUAACCACAGGCCAAAUCCACAAAUAGCCCAAAUUAAAGAGCCUAAUCCAUACGCAGCCUCUCCUGGCUCCACCGUAUCCCUUCUAUAACAGAUUACACAGCAUUCUAAACACUCAAAGCACUCACACUUGCACCCCUGUAUUCUUUUACUCUCCAAAUCCACACAUAAAGAUCUUCGCAACUGAGAAGCAGAGCGGUGGGCAUGGGCUCUUCCGUCUACUGUGAACACUACACAAGCAAGACAACGUUUAUUUAAAUUUCCUUUUUUUUAUGCAUUAUUAUAUUAUUAUCUUGUAUAUUGAGAUCUUUUAUUUAUCCCUAUCAUUCUCCUCUACCAUGCAUAUUCUAAAUGGAAAAAAAAGGAAGAAAUGUUAUAAAUGUCUAAAAAAAAAAAAAAAAAAAGCAAUAAUUAACAAUGCAUUCUCAGGUGACUAUUCAGUAGUUAGAAUAAACAUGAAAAGAUCACAUUAGUCAUAUGUAUCAAAAUAAAUGAGAUAUACUAUUAAAACUAUUUCAAAGUACUUCCAAGUACAAGCACUUUGGAUAUAUUAAACCCUCCUGCUUGCACUGUAUAUAGAAAUGUCACCUAUUCUCACAGUUGGGAAGAAAUAUGCUUUUGCAAGCUACACGUGGAAAAAUAUUUCAUAACGUUAAAACGCAUUCAGAGAAUUCAUGAUAGUAAAAGACUCGAAUAGUGUGUUGGCGUACUAUUUACUACAGUAGUAUAUGGUUUGAGAUGUGGCCAAUUGUUCUAGACGCCGAGUACGUAGUUAUCUGCUGCUGUUAUGAAAUCAGAAAGAAGAGAAUGAAAAACUUUAUUGUGCGCAGGAACAUUAUGAUCACAGUUCUGAUCCAGCAGCAGUCUGCCUGUCAAUUUGCUGCGGUGUAAUUGUGUGUCUUCUGCAACUUGAUAAACAGUACAUAAGCUACCGCAGAAUGAACUCAUAACCUAAUGUUAUCCAGUUAGAUCAAGUAGAAGUUUUACUUGAAGAGAAAAGAGUCGCACUGCUGUAAUCUCAGAGCAAAUAUAGGGGCUUUCCACAAGGCUGUAAACAUCUCCACGGAUAAGGGUAGUAAACUAGAAUAAAGUGUAAAGAGAAAAUAGCUUCUGAAUAACUUCUGAAUCAGUCCUGAAUCUAUUUUCCUUAUUGACUAUAUUGACUCUCUCCCCUGAUUGGCUGCUUUUUUUUUUUUUAAGAUUAUUGCGUCCAAAAAUGCUUAAUUUUGCUGCGGCUGAGGUUUUUUUUUGUGGAAAACUACUUGAAUUGGUGAAAUUGUAAUUGCACGAAAAUUGUUUUGCACGGUCCUUCGCAGUGAUGUUUGUUCGUAAAUGAGACCUUUUAGUUGUACUCAUGUUUGACACAUGAAUCGGACGUGGCGUUGGCUGAAUGCGUGUUGUGAUGACAUCACAUGGCGCAUCUUGGCCCAAAUCUGCAGAAAAUCUACAGUAAUAUUGAGAAGUUGCAAGCACCUGAGAAUAUUGCAGAGUUUCUUUGAUUUGGCGUUACUUUCUAUGAUUACAAAAACGCUAAAUCCUGGAGGGCAUGUUCACUUUACUCUAUUUUAACUCUUACUUUCAUUUUUACGUGUACAUUUCCUGCCACUUCAAACCAGACACAACACUGACUGAGUUUUUCGAAAGAUUAUAAAUCCUACGCUGUUAUUCGAAACUGUCAAACGCACUGGUGCUGCAUUAUCGAUUCGUUGAAAACAAGUCUUACAUGUACCAACAAGGAUUAAAUUCAACAAAGUUUAGAUUUAGUUUUAUUUUGUGGUUCAUCACCUGACUGUCCACUUUGAUGGAUUAUUGAAAAAUAUCGAUACCUUUACUCUUAAAUUAAUUUAUAAUUUUGCUUGAAAAUGGGCAUAAAAACGUGUAAAGAUCAUCUUAUAAAUGCUGCUAUGUUAAACCACCUCAGAUGCAAGAUUGAAAUGAACAAAAUUGUUAACAAGUUUCAGGUAAUGGAGUAACGGGAUUAAUGUUAAACUUACUGAAAAACUAGACCCAGUUUAAUUCAUGUUUUAAGGCAACUAGGUGAUUUAAUUCAGACAAAAGCUUAAUCUUUGCUUGACUCAAUUGAAUCGGUGUAAUGGAAACUAUCAUAAUGAAAACGUUUAAAGAGCAUGUUCUUGUAAUCAGAAAGCAGAGAACAGUCUGCAGAGAUGGUGGAGCACAUCUGUUUCUGUUCUAAGCACAGAAAGAGAGACAACAAACACUGAAAUUGGUAAUUAACUAAUGAGUUGUCUCUGGCGUGCUGGAACAGAGACAUGAGCAAACAUCACCCCCUAGAGUCAGUGAUGAGAAAAGCUCUCGCUCCAUUUAGCAAUAGACUUCUUUCCAUUUGUGUCGAGCAACAUGUGAAGUGUUACUGUUUUUUUCCACUUUCCGCUGUAAGGAGUGGUCAAGAGCAGACUUCUAGAAAAAUAUUCCCUCCAAAUACGUAGCUUGAAAUAGUCAGCCAAGUGGGCAGUAAAAGCUCAGUGUAGGUAAAAAUCUCACAUGUGAUUUCAACCAUUAUAUAAUCAUCUGUAAGAUCAUUGAGACAUAAAUGACACAGGACUUUGCUUUCUUUUUCUAUCUGCUCAUGUGUACACAAUUUCAUGCACAUUAUAUGGCAUCAACUUCAUAAAGAAUUGUAUGUAACUAUGUAGAAUUUCAUCCAAGAUACUAAGAAUAGCAUACUAGGGAUGAAAGAUACUCACUAGGUAAAUAAAAGCACAAAUCGGGUAGAGAGGAUGAUUUUAAACUAGGGCUAUGUAAUAGAUAUGAAGAGGCUUUGAAAUAAAACUUGUUGUAUAUGGAGGUUUCAUGUUUCGAGUCUUACCAUCCUUGCAAAUAUUCAGCCUGCUUAAUCCUUUCACGUUUCUUAUCAAUUAAAUUGGAUGUAAAUGAAGUUUUUAUUGUCUUAUAAAGAUUUAUGUUUAACCCUGUGUUUCUUUCUUGUCCGAUACCUCACAAAGCCUUUACUGUACUUUUUUGUCCAGCACAAAACUGGGCUAGUACUACUGUAAAACAAAUUUUUUUUUUAUCCUGUUCGUCUUGAAGAUGAUGGAUAUGCAUUUUACCUGGUGUUCUUAACAAUAAUUGCUCCACAGUGCUCUUGUUUUUUUGUUUUGUUUUGUUUUGUUUUAAAUAAAUGGGAAAAUAAAACCUUUUGGAGCUCAACUUU